UGGCUUUCCUCACUGUAUACUAAUAGUGUUGUACAAAUACUGUAUACAUCUGCUUAAUUUGGUCGAUUGCGGCUAUGAUAUCAUUUCGCUUCUUUUCUGGUCCCCAUCAUCUGCAACCCUGAAAAUUCUGCUCCGAUGACACUGGAAGGUCCUGUAUACCUCUCAGAAGACGAGCCUCAAAUGCGGAAGGACCUUCUCAUGGAACUGCCGAGGUGGCCACUGCUUACUUGUUUUGACUGCCUUGCGCAAGAUUAUUUUAUGAAGUACUAUUACGAAACGGUCAAUGAAGACGGGGAAACCGAUAUCAUUCAUGACAAGACAUUUCAAGUAGUCAGAUUGAAAGCCUUCUUUGCCGCUGUGAAGGGAUUUAUUACGGGCGACUUGGAUCUUUCAAGCCGCCACCGGUCUAGAUUUGAAUUCCUGGAAGACCGCUUCGUAGAGUUCACCGACGAAUUGAUGUCGCUCUACUUUCUCGCUGAGGAACUUGGCGAGUCGUGGAGCAUCGACGUUCGAGGUUGCUGGCAGAUGUGCAUCGAAUAUCAAUUCAAGGACGACACGAAAUGGGAAGAAUUCAAAUCCAAAGUCUGCGUUUGGUUUGUGGAUACUGUCAAAGGCACUGAUAUAAGGAUUCUUCAAGUUACUGGGGUGGGAAUCAUAUUCACCCAAAAGAAGUCGUCGGCAGGGUUUCAGAAGCUUUGUCUGUUGGAUCUUUCGGAGGAACUGCUGGACCUCAUUUUUCGUGAAUGCGACAUUCAAGAUGCACGUGCGCUUUCUGCGACUUGUCAGUGCUUGAAAAAGAUAUCCAUCCCUUAUAUCCAUAUGUGUCGCCUAUUGGGGUUUCCAGGACCUGCGCAAAAACACAUAAACCCCGAUCAUCCUAUGGAAGAAGAAGUAGAAAUGGAGUUGUUCAAGAAGUCUCAGUCCGAGUUCAUGGACAAGUUGGAUUUUCUUCUUACUCUCCCUGAUCUCAUUAUCAGGCUCCAGAAGGUCCGCUUCUUCGACUACUGGAUGGGGUAUCUGCACAGAGAAUCCCUCGCGGUACCCCGUGCAAUGUCCCUCGUCAUGGAUGUCUUGAAAGGCUGCCAAAGUCUGACCACCAUCACCUACGAUGGUUUCAAUGUCGACAGCCAAUUCGUAACACUGGCGCAUGUCCGCGACCUUUCCCUUCUCCUAGAGCAAUUUGGCUUCGAAGAUAUCGCCGUUUGGAAUUUCGUCUACUUUUGUCCGAAUGUGGUCGACCUAUCUAUUAUGACGUGUCCUGGACAAGUCGUGCUUUCACGUGGAUGCCAACAAUUGUUGAAAGCCCUCGACUCCAGGGAAUGGCUUGUUGCACUCCAUUCUUUGCCCCAUCCCCCUCCGUUAUCGCGCGUCAAAAUUGGAUUUGCCGUACCGCCGUAUGAUGUUAGUGUCGACGAGUUGCUGGUUGCGCUUCACGGCUUCCCUAUUCAAGACUUAGUCAUAGAUGGACUAGCUGAGGGCAGGCCCGAUCUGAUUGAAAACAUAGGCCAACGACUUCCGGACAUACAUUCCUUGACUCUCUUCCGUCGACAAAGCCCCCCGCCAACGAAUAUCCGUUCCAUGCCGCUGGCCUCAGCCUCCGUGGAUGUUACGCCUCCCGUUUCUCCAAUUUCUCCAAACUACGAGGGGAGUGCCGCUGAUUGUGAUCCCUACGUGCUUCCGUCCGACGACAAAUUGUGGUAUCGGUGGGAUGACUGGUCGCCCGUAGACACCAGCCAUAACAUGGCUCGUGUGUUUUCUGUCUAUAAUCCGGCGCUGGAGGAUGUUCUUAUCUACCUGCGAAGAGGGGCGGUGAAGUGGCACAUUGGGCCAGACGGUGCAGUAGGACAAGUGAAAUUCCUGGAUUCACCUUUAUGGAAUCCGAUGUGGGAAGAGCAAUCGGAUCGCUCGAUUAUUGUUGAACGUUGA